UCGUCCAGUCACUGGGGAAAUUGUCUCUUGAAUAUUGACCUGUUUCUUCAGCUACAAGGGGAUUUAAGUGAAGAUAUUGAGGGUAUACCUUCAAGCUCCGCAACAAUUGGUGGCAAGCGGCGGGAUUCAAACCGCACAGCAAAGCAGCAGUUCGUUGAAACAGCCAUUCGGAUAUACCGGAGUUCGAGAAUAUGUGCAGUCAUUCGAACGAACGGUGAAUGGAGACGAAUUAUGCAACAUUGAAACGAACUACGUUAAAGGAAUUAUUGGAAGCAAGGGGAAGAAAAGCCAGCAACAAAACCAAAGCUACUCUUGUGGCCGAACUCAUGGAGGGGGACAGAGCGACCACUGCGGCAACUCCACAGGAGACAGAGCCAACGGAAUUUGCAAGAGAGCUCAAUAGCAGGUUAGCUUUUUACCCAAACACCCCCUCCGUGGAGACACUAGAAAGACUGAUAGCAGAUGUGCACGAGUACAUUGUAGCUAAGCAAAACGCUAUUCAGCGAGUUGGGGAAAGAGCCCCAGCGCCCACCAGCACUACCCAGGGAAAAGCUAAGAUUCCCUACCAAGCUUUUAAAAAUUACACAGAAGGAGAAAGUGAUAUUGACGAAUACCUACAGGAUUUCGAAAGGUUGUGCCAGCUACACGACAUCAGCCCAGCCGACCAAGUACCCCUGCUGGCAGGUAGAUUGUCAGGGCGCGCCGCAGAGGCAUACCGAACCGUCCCAGACGAAGACAUCAGGAAUUAUCCCAAAGUCAAACAAGCCUUCCUAGCACGGUAUGCCAUUACCUCUGAGGCAUACCGACUCAAAUUCCGGGAUAUCAAGAAACAAACAGAAGACUCACACACUGAAUGGGCACACCGACUACAACGAGCCGCCAAGGGGUGGAUGGAAGCGACACGGGUCACCACUAUGGAAGAGAUGUUCCAGUUAAUAGUAAUGGAGCAGUUUUUUAAUGGACUAACCACAGAACUGCAAAAUUGGGUACGAGAUCGCAAACCCCGUACCCUACCAGAGGCAGCCAAGCUAGCUGAGGAGUUCCAAGACACCAGACGAGACCAACGCACACCACAACGGACCACGUAUGGAUCUACCACCCCUCUGCCAGCAGUGACUACCUUGGCUCACCCACGACCAGCCGCGAGCCACAACCAGUACCCUCCUAGGUACAAUACCCGACCACCGAUCCGCUGCCACACCUGCAACCAACAGGGGCACAUCCAGAGAGACUGCCCACGUAACCGACCUCGCCAGAACUGGAACUACCAGGGUCCUUCUCCCCCCAAUCGGGCUGCAGUACACUGCUGCCAAAGAGAAUCUGUGCUCCCAACAUCCACAGUCACCUCAAUAGAAGAGCCUCUGGGGAUCCUACACGAGGUAAACCACAUACAAGCCGCCUCAGACAACCGUCAGGGGCACCGCCAGGUGGUACACAUGGAGGGGAAGAGUAUACAAGGAUUACGUGACUCUGGGGCCACGUUAACCCUGGUCCGAAAUCAUUUGGUGCCUAAGCACACCCUCACCGGAGACUGUGUAGCUGUACGGGUGGCAGGAGGAGCAAUUUACAAAGUUCCCACUGCCAAGGUGCAUUUGAAUUGGGGGGCAGGGCAUGGAAACAUGGAGGUGGGAAUUAUGCAGGAUUUGCCCGCUGAUGUUAUUUUGGGCAACGACUUGGGGGAGCUCACCUCUGCUUUUGUCCCUCAACCAACUAUCCAAGAGGCCUACCCGGUUGUUACCCGGCAGCAAGCACGCACCACGGCUCCAUCCGAUCACUCUGAGGCUCAGACGCUUCUAUGUUUGGAUUGGGGGCAGUACUGAGCCAAGUCGGAGAAGAUGGCGGCGAGC